UUUAUCUUAAUAAUAUACUUCACAAAACAAAUAGAACCUCGAAGAAAAUACUCUUAAAUAUUUGAUACAGUUAUAGUCAUUAGGAUAAUGACUAGAACUCGACCUCAAACCAAGGUAAAUCCAACCCGGUUUCAGUGCCAUUAGUGACUACAUUGAUGUUUAACCCCCAUGGAACCUCCAAACCUCCAAGCCCCAUUUCCCAAAGACACUUUAAAAACUUUAUACUUGAUGACAUUCGGAGUGAUGCGUUUGCGUUUCGUCAAGUUCGUUUUAAUUUCGAUUUUUCUUUUUCAUAGUUCGAUCGGAGUGGUACAAGUGAUCGAUUUGCUUUCAACUUUCGACGGUAAGCAGUUGCUUCAGUACGGACCAUGCUUUCUGAUCAGCUGCUCUUGUCUGGUGAACAUCGCCACAGUGCUGAGCACACAAGAGCUGUUGUCAAAGCUCUUCAUUAAACUGGCCAUGUCGAGGUUUCGAACCCUGGAACGACUUCCACUGCAGAUCACUCGAAGGAUUCUUUUCGAGUCGAAAAUGGUCACUCUGGCCGAAAUCGGGACACUGAGUGUUCUUUUAAUUUACUCGGCUUCGUAUUUUAGACUCUUCGGUAACGAGAAGUUCGUAUACGGGGUGGUUUUAUUCAAAAGAACUUUUACCAAAAUGGCGGAUUAUUUCUGCUUGGUGUACUUUAGCACCUUGCCUAUUUUAGCCUACGUUGCUUUUAUCAAUGGAGGUGUGAUUAUUUACACUCUGAUGCACCUCAGGUUCUACAUGUUUCUGAUUAAUGGCCACUUGGAACAAAUUUUCGUCGACUACGACCUCAUUAUUGACGACUAUGCUAAAUUGAAGGACCAGAACUACCAAGAAGAAGUCUUCGAGCAACUGAAAAACUGUAUAGAAAGACACCAACCGAUCAAACUAAUAGAAAAGAAACUCAAUGCGAAACUUCUUCCAUCUUUGGUGCUGUUGCUUUAUCUAAGUGUAGCGGCUGUUAUCAGUAUGUUGUUUAAUGUGUUGAUUGAUCACAGCACGUUCGAGUUUUUUCUGGCAGUUUGUAGUAUGAUUGUGUCUACAAUUACGCCCAUGCUGGUCGUCCACAUUGGACAGAUUGUCAAAAAUGAGUAUGACAGGAUGUACGAGAACACUCUAAAUUUUCCGUGGAUUAUUUGGGACUGCAGGAAUAGGAGGGUGCUGAUUUUUUUUAUGCUGAAUUUGCAAAAAUCGUUCCAUUUAGGGCAGCCAGGUUUCGUGCUUUGUCAAUAUUCCUUCCUUCCCACGGUCUUGAAUUUUCUGUGGACCGUUUCUACGUUUAUUGUACAGGUCAGUGUGUGAUUUUUUUCAAAGAUGUAUUUAGAAGUUGAAAUAAAAUAAAUAUUUAACAUA